GGUGAUGCCUGGCUCGGAAGCCUGACUCGGAAAUUGUAGUGUCGUGCUCGUGCCCUAGGUCAUGCCUUCUAUACACUGUCACCGUCACCGUCAAGCCCACCGGUCACCGGUCAGAGUACACGAGCCCUUGUUGGGCGCAGGUUGUUGUUAGUUCAGCUACACAUGGCAGGUGUGCCAGAUGCACGCAUUCAGAUUGAUCAUCCUCCUCGGUCGUCCUGACACAAUCCUUCCCUGUUGCAGCUGCGGCCCGCACUCGACGCCAUCGCGGGUGCCGCUGCUGUGCCGCUCCAACUCGAUCUCGGGCGUCCCCGUGAGCCUGGCGCCCAUGUCGACGCCCGUGAAGCGCGCGCCGCCGCCGCCGCCGAGACGCUACGCGCUGCCGCCGCCGCCGCCCUCGCUCGUGGUCGUGGAGGCGGCGGCCGACGUGGACGCGCCGCCGCCGCCGCCCCGCGUGCCCGUCUACCUCGUGCUGCUCGGUCUCGCCGUGUACAUCUGCCUGGGCGCCGCCGUCUUCGCCGCCUGGGAGGAGUGGAGCUUCCUCGACGGUGCCUACUUCUGCUUCGUCACGCUCUCGACCAUCGGCUUCGGCGACCUCGUCCCCGGCAAGUCACUCAAGAGCGCCGAGUCCCAGGGCGGCCAGCUGCAGGUGUCCGCUUGCGUGGCGUACCUUCUGCUGGGGCUGGUGCUGAUCGCCACGGCCUUCUCGCUGGUGCAGGAGGAGGUGCUGGCGCGGCUCUCGCAGGUGGCGCGCACGCUCGGCAUCAUCUCCAAGCACCACCAGCCGCAGGCGCGCCAGCUUCACCGCCGGCCCAGCAGCGCUAGCGCCGUCCGGCACCACCAGGCCAGCCAGACCGCGCUCCAGGCUGCGCACCAGGCCGCGCACCUGCAGCCAACAUGACAUCCCAGCCCCUGCUCCUGCCUCGGCCAGGGCAUGGCGGUGCUCUGAGCGAGGUGACGGCGCGGGGGCGUACGUGUGUGUGAGUGAGUGUGAGAGUGAGUGAGUGUAUGGUGGCUCUUCGACUGAACGUGUAUGCUGAUGCCUUCAUGUAGCAAGGGACACAUAACAACGGUAGACUCCUGUACUUGAGCAACUUCUUGGUAAAGGUAAACUCCUUUCCCUAGUGUUCUUUUUUGCCGCAGGUAUAAACUAACAAGAUGUGAGAUGAUUGUUUUACUAGUCAUAGGAAUAUAGAACUACGGUUAUCUCCGUAAACGAACAAACCUAAUAGGAUGCAGAACUGAUAAAUCUUUUGCAACAUGAAGUCUCUGUCAUAUUCUGCUUUCGGGCGUUCUCUGUGCGUUGUGUGCUUUUACCCGUAAGACUGUGUAUUUUAUGUACAAAAAAUUCAGCAUAUUUAUGAUUAUGCCUUAUGUGGAUAUUAUUUUGAGAUAU